UCUCCCUGCCGGUGAUUACGCAAGAGAUGCAACCUGUUCCCUCUGUGGUGGAUUCUAAUAACAGAAAUAACGCGCAAACUAACGGUGCGAGGAAACGAAUGAAAAACAAAAAAACUCAAGCCCCUCACUCACUUCAACCAGCUGUUGAUUUCAAUGGCAAGGCCAUAUGAUUCAUAUCGGAUUGUGUAUAGCUUUUCGUCAGCUUCAACCAUAUCCUUGGACGGACGGUGGAUCACAAUCCAGUGGACUUGGUGAACGGUGAAGAGAAGGUGGACGCAAAAAAAAACCCUUAUCGACAAUGAAUAUAUGCGUCGUCGGGGCCGGUGUCGUCGGUUUGACGACCGCACUGGAGCUACAGCGCGAGAUGCGGAACGCCAAUGUCACCAUACUCUCGGACCGGUUCGAGCAGGACACGUGCAGCGACGUUGCGGCUGGCCUAUUUCGCCCCGGAACCAGCUUUUCCGGCCCGACCGAGGAAAUAACCAGGAAAUGGAUUUCAGACGCGUACAGCCACUGGGACGAACUGCGCCGGACGGAACAUUCAGCUCGGGCCGGUGUGUGCCAGAUGUCGGGGUACAUUUUUUCCAGCCGAGAUCCGGCCAUUGUACGGAAUCACUACAUCGAGAAGGUCCUGCCCGUGUACCGUGCCGCGACCGAGCAGGAGCUUACCAUCUGUCCGGGCGAAUGGAAGUAUGGGUCGUUUUUCACCACCAUCCUUGCCGAGUGUCGGCUGUUUCAGCCGUGGGCCACAGAAAGGUUUCUUGACAAUGGCGGACGGAUUGUUACCGUGGCGCUGAACAACUUGCAGGAGCUGCGCGGCAAGUACGACGUGGUCGUGAACUGUACCGGGCUGGGGGCGAAGCGGCUGUGCAACGACCAUAAGCUGGUGCCGAUCCGCGGUCAGGUCAUCAAGGUGCGGGCCUCCUGGGUGAAGACGGCGUUCUAUGCGGACUUCGACACGUACGUCAUACCGGGCUUUGAGGGCGUAACGCUCGGGGGCUGCCGUAACUUCGACAGCUACAAUACGGACGUUUCGCGGCACGAUUCGGCCGCCAUCCGCGAACGGUGCGAGUCGCUGCUGCCGAGCCUGAAGGGUGCGCCGGUGCUGCGGGAAUCGGUCGGGCUGCGGCCGCACCGCGAUCCGGUACGCGUGGAGCUGGAGCUGCUGCCGACGGCGAAUGGCAGCGUGCGCGUGGUGCAUAACUACGGCCAUGGGGGCUAUGGUGUGACGACGGCACCGGGGACGGCCAAGCACGCGGUGAAGCUGGUAAAGGAAGCACUGCAAACCAAUAGCAAACUGUGAGGGGAAAGGGAGUUUAAAGGCGAGGGCAUUGGGGUGAAAUGGGGUCGGAUUGUAAUUUUGCAACCAAAAAGAACUGACAGAAAUUCGUAUGAACAAUGUAUCGUUUCGAGCAAAAAGUGUAAGAGAAAUAAGGAAGAUUGUUUAACCAUUAUUACUGCAAAA